GUCAAGCAGUGUCACUUGAAGUGUACUUUUGCCGUAGUCGAGAUUUUUUGACAAAAUAUUCUACAUGGACUAUUAGCGCGAUGUUAAUUUACCCCUCGUCCGAAUGAGCUCUAAAAUCACAGCAUUGGUGUCUAAUGGUAACCCAAUUAGGUCGUGUUCAACUUGAACAAAGUUUGGCACCAGACUUCGCCAACUAUCAACAAAUUGAAGAAGAGCGAAUCAAGCAAGUCGUGAACGUUGAGUCGGACAGUGCGAGUGCUUCUAUAGCGGAGAAAGGAGGUUUCUGCCGCGUUAGUUGAACAUCGCUGAUAGUUGCGAAACCAAUAGUUAUUUUUUAAAACGUGUAAUCUAUUUGUUUGCAAACGUGACGAUUUUUGUUUCGCGGGCCUAUGCAGCUUUAGAAGUGGAUUACUCUUGGUUGAAACUUCAGAUAUGACUGUUACUUUGACAACGAAACACGAGAUAACAACGGAUGACAAUGACAAUGAAACCUGUUGCACGACAGAUGGCAAGAGGUGCGUUCUUCAUGAUCGAACACAAGCUCUACUGGAGGAUUUAACGUCCGAAGCAGUCGAUGAAAAAGAAGCAGAUGAACACGUUGAAGAAGAACCCGUUGAUGAAGAAUUUUACGAUGAAAUAUAUUAUGAAAAAGCAAAACAGCUUUUACACUAUGAUGAGGCCCCGGAAUAUUUGAAACACAAUCCAUACAUACUAUCUGGCUACAGAAAAAUUUUAUCUACAGAUUUGUGUCUACAAAGCAUGUUUUGGUGGACAAACGAAACAAUCAAUAUAUGGUCACACAUAUUUGGAUUUCUCCUCUUUAUAUUAUUGAUAAUAUAUGAUUUCAUGAUAUUGAAGAUUCAAGCAACUUUUAGCGAUAAAGUUAUAGUUGGAUUAUUCAUGGCAUGUUUCGUGACGUGCAUGGCAUUGUCAGCAUUGUAUCACACAUUCUCAUGUAGAUCUGAAAAGGACUGCUACAAGUACCUCGCAUACGACUUGUUCGGCAUAGCGUUAUCUCUUUUGGCUAUUUACACUUCAGGAAUAUAUUAUGCCUUUUGGUGUGACACGAACUGGCGGAUGUUCUACCUAUUAACAGUGACCUUGAUUUUCAUUUUCGCGAUGGUGCUGCAAGUCCCCAGUUUGAAUGUUAACGCCAAUGUGAAGAUGUUAGUCUUUGUAGCUUGGGGAGCUUACGGAGUCAUUCCGACGAUACACUGGACCGUUCGAAUGGGAGGUUUCGAUAAUCCUUUGGUUGAACUGCUCUUCCCAAGAGUCAUGGGCAUGUAUCUCAUCAGUGGCAUUGCUUUCCUGAUUUAUAUUACCAAAAUUCCUGAGAGAUUCUCCGCAGGAAAAUUCGACUUCAUCGGCCACUCGCAUCAGUGGUGGCAUUUUUUCGUAGUGAUGGCUCUGUAUUAUUGGCACAACAGCGGAAUGGUGUACAUCCAGUACAGGCUGAACCAUGCCUGUCCCAAUAAGAUGAAAUUUCCUUGAGUUUUAUCUCUUUUUAAACAAUUAAGGUUAUUAAUGGAACAGCAACUGAUGAUUUCCCUUAAGUUUCCCCAAUAAAAGUUUCACUUUUUGAAUGAACUUGAUAUGCAUUAACAAAUAUCUACUGAACAAAGUGAAGAAAUUAUACAUUCUGUUGAGCAAAAUAGAAAAUUUUCCAUUUGUUGGAAAUAUAAUUUUUCUACUGUUCUCAAAAUAGGAAAAUCUGUGAUAGGGUAUUAUGUAAAAUAACUUGACAGGUGGUAAUCUGUUAAUUCCAAGUUCACCAUUGUGUACAUUCAUAGUUCUAGUACCUAGUGCAGGCCAACUAUUUUGAAUUAAUUGUUGAAGUGCCUUCUUCUUGUCAAAUUAAAAGUUCACUCAGAUAUUCUAAUACGAUUUUAAUGCUUCGUAUUUUUCAUACCGAGCGUUCUAACUAAAAUUUGGCUCGAACGUAAUUCAAAAACAGGCUCGUGAUGAAGAAAUCCAAAGAUAAUAUCAAUUUUUGUGUUGAUGUUUGAAUGACAAAGUGGUCCGUGGACCGGCAAAGUGGUCUUGUGAGGUAGCCAGCUGAAACACCUGAUCUCUCAUCAUUGGAAUUUUAUUUGGAUGCUUAAGGUGAUCUUUCACUAUCACCCCUGUGAAUCCCCAAGAGACGCGCGACAUGGAACUGUCAAGAAAUGCUGAUUGCUGAACCCAAAAAACCAAGCAACUUUGAUUCAACAACAGACUGCGCUUUGUCAACCCGCAAUAGGUCUCAUCAGUGCUGCUAGACUAAGCAACCAGUAUUGCUAUUCUCAAGUGUCCUAAGCUCUUUGCUGUUUAAUAUAUGUUCCAUGUCGAAAGUUAUCUGAACGCAGCAUUGAUGAGGUUAAGUGUUCUGUGAGUAGAGUAGAAUUAUGUUGAAUAUUGAGUGAAUAAUUAUUUUGAUAUUAAAAAUGGUAAUUAGUAGUAUUAUUCAUUAAUUUAUGAUGCUCGAUGAAGUAAGAAACCCCGGAGAUAAUGUAUUAUAACAUUACUCUCACGUUUUCAUAAAACAUACAUACAUACAACAUGAAUUUAAGAUUUGUGGCAUUUAGACCAAUAAUAAAUUGAGCAAUUAUAAUUGCUGAUAGCUUUGAUUUGAAGGUGAUUUUCCUUUAUCCAAUUUUGCUGGGGAUAAAAAAAAGGUGUUGUGGUUCAUUCUAUGUGAUGGAUUUAAGAGGGAGCUGAUACUCGCAAGGGAGUGAAAGGCAAACAUUGGCCAGUUCUUUAAAAUUAAUGGCUGCUCGUCUGUUUUCAUGUUACAGGGAGUCAAAUUUUCGUUAGAAAGUUCUCAUAUUCAGUUUGAAUCUAUCAACGCUAAUUUUAUGUUUUGCGAUUCACUUCCAUAUAUUUCCACUUGAAUUAUUGUCAAGAAAUACUCAAGAGUCAAUAAUAAAAGUAUGUUAAUUAA